UUACAACAUCAGCCCACAUCUACAGACAGCCAAAGCCUCCGGCCUCUACCAUGAAGAUCGCUGUCACAAUCACUGUGGUCAUGCUGUCCAUCUGCUGCAGCUCGGCUUCUUCGGACAUCUGCCCAGGAUUUCUUCAAGUCCUCGAGGCCCUCCUCAUGGGCUCAGAGUCCAAUUAUGAGGCAUCCCUGAAGCCUUUCAACCCUGGCUCAGACCUGCAAAAUGCAGGAACCCAGUUGAAGAGGCUGGUGGAUAGCCUCCCGGAAGAGACCAGAAUAAACAUCAUGAAGCUCACGGAGAAAAUCCUAACAAGUCCUCUGUGUAAGCAAGAUUUAAAAGUCUGAAGCUCCCUGGAUGUCAGAGAUAUUCUACUGCUAAAGGCCCCUGUCACUGCCCUGUACCUCCUUCACCUCCCCACCAGCCCCUCCUUCCUCUCUGCAAUAAACUGCGAGCAUCUCA